CUCGACCCCAACGACGACUUUAAGCGCGAGGAUGCCUUUUACAUGCAAGCCUUUCGUGCCGCGGAAGAGGCUGAGAAGCUUUUGAAAAAGCACGGCAUUGCUAAAACUCGCCCCGCUGAUUACUUUGCAGAAACUGCAAAGUCCGAUGAUCACAUGGAGCGUGUGCGUCAGAAGCUGCUCAAUGAUCAAGCAUCUGCCGAGGCCUCGGAGCGCGCCAAGAAGCAGCGCGAGAUCAAAAAAUACGGCAAGCAGGUCCAAAAAGAAGUUUUGGCCAAGCGCCAAGCCGAGAAGAAGGCCGCCAUCGAGUCGGUCAAGCGCCGUCGCAAAGGCGUGCAGCAGCAAUUGCGUGCUACCGAUGAUGCCUUGGACUUUGAUGUUGAUACCUUCCAUACGGAACGAGAUGAUCAACAACCACACCAAAAGUCCGCAAAGCGUGCCAAAAAGGAUGCCAAGUUUGGCUUUGGUGGCAAAAAGCGUAUGGCUCGCAAGAACACGGCCGAAUCCGCUGCCAGUGGCAAGGGUUUCAGCCAGCGGGCCAACAAGAAACCUUUUGCCGGCACACCUGGUGCACGCCCUGGAACUCGCAAACCUGCCAAGCGCCCCGGCAAGGCGGCUCGCCAAAAAUCCAAGGGCCGCUCCUAA